AUGGGAAGUUUUUCGACGACGAAAGAGGUUCCCUCACGAACAACGCGGGCCGGUGCCUUUAGACACGGAGUUGAAACCUCCGCGUUCAUCUCUGUGGAGCGAUCGACCGCCGCGUCUCGGCAUUCCGCGAUCCACCAGAACGCCUCCUUGAAAACUUCCCUCAAAAACCAUCACCGGCGGCUCCGACUGCUUAAAAUGGUGACUAUCUUCAAGAAAAACCUGUCUCACUACCCGGUGGUGCCACCAGACAAAGUCCGGCGGGUCAUCAUUGUCACUUACUUCCGAGCGGGUUCUAACUUCGUCGGUGAGCUGCUGUCUUCGUCGCCGCCCACAUUUUACCACUACGAGCCCCUGAGCAUGUACACCGUUGCUACCAGGUUAGUUGGAAGGAAUGCGACGGAAGCGUCCAGCUUGAUCAGUCACCUGCUACGCUGCGAAUUGCAAAGCGUGGGACACUACAUCCGCAAGGUGAUCGAGAGGAAGGACCCCUUACGGCGGAACCGCUUCCUCUGGGCCUUGUGCCGGGGAGACAAUAAGACAUGCUUCAGGGCCGACUUCGUGUCCAAGGUGUGCGCGCGGGCGCCCGCGCAAGUCAUGAAAAUCACGCGUCUGCACAUGUCUCAGGUUCUAGCCUGGUUGCGUAGCAACACGGACCUAGCCAAAUCUGUGAAGAUUCUCCACCUUGUGCGAGACCCGCGAGGCAUCCUGGCUUCGAGGAGACUCUUGGAGUGGUGCAACGAGUCGAAGAGCUGCGUCGACCCGGCCACACUUUGCUCAGAACUUCGCGGCGACCUCUACGCGUCCGAGGAGCUCCAGAGGACGUUCCCGAACAGCACGUACCGUGUCAGGUACGAGGACGUGUCUCUGGACCCCAAGAAACAAGCGCUAAAACUGUUCAAAGCUCUCGGACUAAACCACACGGUGUACGUGACCUCAUUCCUGAAGGGGCAUUCAAAGGGGAGUAAGAGCGACGCCUCGGACCCGUAUUCGACGAGGAGGAACUCGUCCAUCGUCCCAUUUCAGUGGGUGAAUAAACUUAAAUUCAAGGACAUCGCGGAUAUCCAGCGGUCCUGCUCGGACGUGAUGCGUCGCUUAGGUUACAAGAUUAUCGCUAACGCAGACGAACUGCUCAGCAAAGUGCGCACAGCUCCGUGCUUGGCUUGA